AUGACUGCUUCUACCAAUUCUAGUAACGACCAGAAAAACAGAACCCCGUUAAUUUUGAAUUCAUUUUGUAUGGGAUGUCUGGGUUUACAAUGUCCAGGUUUAUGGUCGCAUCCAGAUGAUAAAUCUCGAGACUUUAAUACUAUUGAGUAUUGGGUCAAUUUGGCACAAUUGUUAGAAAAGGGGAAAUUUAAUGCUCUUUUCAUUGCUGAUGUAUUAGGUCCCUAUGAUGUUUAUGAUGGUCCAGGAAAUUUUAGAUCCGUUGCGAAAAGUGGAGCUCAGUUCCCCACUACAGAGCCAAGUGCAGUUGUUUCUGCUAUGGCAGCUGUUACGAAAAACAUUAGUUUUGGGGUAACAUUCCUGACAAUUAGUGAGAACCCAUACCAUUUUGCCAGAAGAUUGGCUACUUUGGAUCAUUUGACAAAAGGUAGAGUUGGUUGGAAUGUUGUUAGUUCUUAUUUGGAUUCAGCAGCUAGAAAUUUACUUAACGGAGAAUCAUUACCACCUCAUGCAGAACGGUACGAAAGAGCUCAAGAAUAUAUUGAUGUUGUGUAUAAAUUAUUUUUGAGUUCUUGGAGUGACGAUGCCGUUGAAUUGAAGAACCGAGUUUUCACUAAUCCUGAUAAAGUCAGAGAAAUAAACCAUAAAGGGAAAUUUUUCACUGUUCCCGGACCCAGUAUUACUGAGCCAACUCCACAAAGAUUACCUGUUAUUAUUCAAGCUGGUACUUCAAAAGCAGGUAAAGAGUUUGCUGCCAGAAACGCUGAAGUAGUGUUUAUCACUACAUUCUCUCCUGAAGAAUUAGGCAAACAAAUCAAGGCCAUCAAAACUCUUGCCAAAGAAAAGUAUGGUCGUCCCGAAGGUUCCAUCAAGUUUUUGCAGUUGAUUACUCCAGUGGUUGCUGACACCCAUGAGUUAGCAGAAGAGAAAUUUAAAGAAUUGCAACUGUACGGGGAUUUAGAUGGUGCCCAAGCACUUUUUUCUGGAUGGACAGGUAUUGACAUUGGAAAAUACGAUUAUGAGGAUAACAUCACCGAUAAAGGCACGAAUGCUGUCAAAUCGUUUUUAGAGUUGUGGAAUAAAACAUCUCCUGGUGAGCCAGCAAAUGUUAAAAAGACUAGACGUGAUAUUGCCCGUCAAAUCACCGUUGGUGGAUUGGGACCAGUGUUUUAUGGUACCCCUGAGGAAGUGACAGAUGAAAUUGAACGUUGGGUUGAUAUUUCAGGGGUUGAUGGAUUUAAUGUGACUUAUGCUAUUUCUCCAGGAACUUUUGAAGAUUUUGUUGAGAAAGUUAUUCCAUUACUUCAGGAAAGAGGAUUGGCACAAGAGGAUUACCCACAGGAUUUGGACCAUCCUUUGACUUUCAGAGAACAACUAUUUGGUAGUGAAAGAAAAGAACCAUAUUAUUUAUUGGAAAGUCAUCCUGCUUAUGAUUUGAGAUGGCGAGCUGGUGAAAGCAAGGAUGAAUUUGAAAGAAGGCUUAACAAGAAAAGAAAAAGUGAAGCCCAAGAAAUUGCAUAA